AUGGAAACAUCUCCGUCAGUUAUUCAGCAGGAGACGACGUGUGUGGGAACGGCCUGAAGGCGAAGACGCUGAUCCAGCUGAGCUGUGGCUCCACUGUUGGACAUCCAGUCCUCACCAGAGUGGACGAGGCGUCGUGUGAGUUCGUGAUUGGCUGGGAGACACGGUUGUCGUGUGCGGUGAAGCAGCGCGAGGUGGAGAUGGUCAACGGGACGAUACAAGUUCCGGACACAGGGACCGUCCUGGACCUCGGAGCUCUGUACUUCAGUCACCACCAGGCGUCUGGAGACAUCCGUCCCAACGGCGACCGCUACAUCUACCACAUCCAGUUGUCGGGCAUCACCAACAACUCCCUGUCCAGCUGUGUGGGCGCCAACAUCUGCCAGGUGAAGCUCAACGCCACCUACAGGCGCAGGAUCGGCUCGUCCAGCGAAGCCAAGUACUACGUCAAAGGAGGAAACCUGGACGUGAUGGUUCCCUCGGAGUCGACGUGCGGCCGCGAGAAAAACAAAAUGGUGUCGUCCACCAUCAUGUUCCACUGUAACCCGUCGGCAGGCGUCGGCAUCCCGGAGUUCAUGCUGGAAACGGACGAAUGCCAGUAUCUGUUUGUGUGGCACACGGACGCCGUGUGUGGACUGACUAAAGUCGAUGCAAAGUUGUACGACGACGACGACGGCAGCGAUGUUCUGGUGAUUUCCCAGCAUAGUCAGGCGCUCGGCAUCGUGCUGAGCCUCCUGUUGUUGGGUCUGUCUCUUUGUCUGCUGGGACUUCUGCUGCACAAGAGAGAGAGAAGGGAGCUGGUGAUUCAGAAAGUGUCCGGCUGCUGCAGACGAGGAAACCAAGUCUCCUAUAAAUAUUCCAAGGUCAACAUGGACGAAGAAGGCGGCGAGGAGGAGAUGGAGUGGCUGAUGGAGGAGCUCGAGGCCCCGCCUGCGUCGUCCUCGUCGUCCCACCGCGGCAGAGGCAAGGGCCGGAGUCACCACGGCAACGGCCACAUCACGACCAAGCCGGUGAACGCGGACGGCCUGCGCUCGUUCACGCUGGACGACCAGGAGGACGACAGCGAGGACGAGGUGCUGAGCGUCCCCGGCGUGCAGGUGGUGAAGUCGUCCGGGCUGUCGAGGCAGUCUGCGGCUCAGCGCAGCGUCUUUCUACAGGUGAGUCGUGGAAAGACUUUUCACUUGAUUUACCUUCUUCAGUCUGUUUUAUGGCCAGGUAUCCAUGUCCACCACAGGCCUCCCUGCAUUCUUGGAUCCCCCUCUGAGUGGUCCAUGAGCUCAGUGGUUUACUGGAGCAGGCUAUAG